GUUCAACUUCUACGACCCCCAGUGGGCGAAGGUUGACGCAGGUGGCUUCUUCAACGUCUCUUACAUCGUGGAGUCCUUCUUGCUCCCCAUCUCUUUCUUUAUGCACAUUGCCUGUCUGAUGACUACACCAGAGCGUGCUAUGCGGAUUGUGCGAGAGCUCCGAGGGCAGGCUGGGGCCUCGCGCGAUGUUGGGGCAAAGUCUCAGAAGGCUUCCAUGGAGACCUGUCAUACUCGCCACGAGGCAUGCGCAGCAGGGCCGGAGCUCGUUCUCGGUCAGAAUGUUGGACAAAGCUCGCAGGUCUGGUGGUCAGGUCGCAGCAUCCGUUUAUGGCAAUGUUCUAACAUCCCUUCAGCGUGCACGGCGCUGGAAAGAGGUGAUUUCCAUUUUGCAUGA